AUGCCAACAUCACAGGAGAGAAUCAGAAUGAUCACUAAGGAAAUCAAAGCCAAUCUGGCACCGUGUAUGAUAACGUUCUCUGUACCACUUCUUAUACCAGGAAUAACGUUAACCCUUGUUGCCUUUGGAAAUGAACCAGCAAUACCACUGUAUGGUUCUCUUCACAUUCUCGGAUUUUUUGUGCUCAUUUUGGCUGUUUUGAUGUUCUUCAUAGGAUGUGGUAUGAGAUGCGCAUUCAAAUCUGUGAGAGUUUCGCCCAUUGAAGAAAUUCAUCGUGUGGUAACGACGCACGAUAAAUUGGAUAAAAAUAUGAAUAAUUCAGCAAGGAACAAUAAAACUAUUAAAGUAGUGAAUAACGGUAGUCAACGAGAUCUCAGGGAUAUUUAUCAAAAUAAUCACAAUUACCCGCAUCAUCCAAACCAACCAUCGACAUCAUCUUCACUACCAAAUAAUAGUAAUAAUAAUAGAAAUAAUUCGUUAUAUGACUCUUCAUCAAGUGCGUCAUUGGUGACUCGUUCCAACUCCAACAGUUCAAUCCAAAGCAAUAAACAUUUAGAAGGCAGUGAUACUAAAAAUAGACAAGUUAGUAGUGAUCCAAGUGACCAUGGUAUGAAUAACAACAACAACAAUAAUAAUAAUAAUAGUGAGACCAGACCGGAUCCUUAUCCUUUAGGACGACUACCAUCUUUAGAUCUUAAACAUACCAAAUAUAGUUACAGUAGUCAAGAUAAACCUGACGAAGAAAUGUCCAUUAUUGAUGAAACUAACCGCACUAGUCCCGAUCAUCUACAGCAAGCCAAUAAAACACAUUUAGGGGAUCUGCCAGAUAUUCACCAAGAACGUCAAAGAGCUCUUUUAUCAGAAAGGUCCUAUGAUAAUACAAGCUAUACCUCCACUGAAAGUAUAUCUGGACAUAUUAUUAGGACUAAUAAGGAAGAAUAUUUAAGGAGAGAUUCUGAACUCUUCUCUUAUUGA